CUAGCGCCGCCUCCAUCGUCGUGAUGGAUUCCUCCAAGGUCGAGACUGCCGAGAAGCCCUCCGGCUCGGUGGACCAUCCCUGCGUGGAGCGGCUCCGUCACCGGCGACUCCUCGCCUUCCUACGGGAUCAAGGCUUCCAUGGCGCCUACGCCGAGGUGACGCGGAAGACGGGCGUGCACAUGAGCCUGCGCCACCUGCGCGGCCUCGUGGAGCGGGGCCGCUGGGCGGACGCCAUCGCCUACCUGGAGCUCCACCUGCCGCCGCCGCCCCGCCCGCGGAGCUCCAACGCCGACCUCCUCCACGCCUUCCUCGUCACGCACCGCCGCUUCGCCGACGCCGUCGCCGGCCACGUCGACCCCAGCGCCCUGCCCGGCUCCUACUUCGAGCUGUGCCAUAGCGGAGACGUCGGCCACGGCGAGCUGAGGCUCCGCUCCAUCACCUUCCUCGUGCUCGGCUUCCCCCAUAUCAGGGCCGACAUGGACUGGGAGAGUGUGAGGAGCAAAGCAUCGUUUGUUGUCUGGAGGUUGGCCACCGCUACCCUGGAGCUGCAAGGCCGCAUCUCACUGCCGACCGCCGCGCCACACCAGCUACUUCCCGUUGCUCCUCCCGGUUUGUCCCGAGGGAGGGGUCACGUCAAGAAUAAGAAACAAGAAGGCUCCCGGCCGCGACCAAAAGCUAUCAUCAGGGCCAUGAAGAGCCACCUCAUUGCGCCUGCGGAUAAAGAUAAAGUGUCUGAUGAAAAAGCACGUGAAUCGCUGGCGGAUAUCCUUGAUGAAACUUUAAAGGCUGGCAUAAUUCCCAUGGCACGUUAUCCAGUAGGGAACCAAGGAGUGUCUGGUGCUACACCCUUGCAGUUGCAGAAAGUGUUGUCAGUCCUUGGGAUCUCACCAGCAGAGAUAAAUCCAGAUGCUCCAGGCUGCCAGCACAUAUCUGCUACUUUGACAGCUGCAAAAAUGUUAGGGGCCUCGUCACCGGCAAAUGCAGCAGGUGCUCCAACCUGCCAGCCCAUAUCUGCUAUUUUGGAAGGUGCAAAAAUGUUUGGGACCUCGUCACUGACAAGUGCAGCAGGUGCUCCACCCGGCCAGCCGAUAUCUGCUACUCCGAAAGAAGUAAAAAUGUCUGGGGCCUCGUCACCGACAAACGCAGCAGGGUUUUCACUGGUAGAGAACGUUACGUAUGAUUGAAGGCAUCUUUUAUGCCGUGAUAAUAGCUAAUAUAGUGACCUUACUAGCACUUAGGGGGUGUUUGGUUACAGGGACUUAUUGGUGUAGGGACUUAAAUAAGUCCCUUUAAGUCCCAUCUAAACCAAACAGGAGGGACUUAAAGUGGGCAUUUGAGACUUAUGAAAUAAGACUCUCAAGGAGGGACUUAUAGGGACUUAUAGUUGUAAUAUGGUCUUUUAGUCCAUGUUAAGUCCCAGGAACCAAACAAGUAGGGACUUAUAAGUUGGGACUAAAAAAAGUCCUAGGACUUAUGAACCAAACAGGGCCUUAUUCGGCUGAAGCAGGUUCUCACACCAAGAGAAAGGAUACGAGCGAUGAAGCGACUACGACCGUCGAGGAAGUGAAGCGGCAGCGGACCACAGCGGCAUUUGGUGAAGCAAGUCC